AUCCCGCCUUUGAAGGUUCAAUUGAAUAUCGAGUACAUGAACUAAAAAUAAGGAUAGAAGAUCUGUGGUUGUAGAGACGAGAAAUUUGAAGCACACGAGUGCUUUUCGAUGAGCAGCGAAAGUGACAAGAGACGUAAAUAAUAAAAAAAACUAACAUAAAUAAUUAUAUAUUAUCAUCAACUACUGUUGGAUGACAUUUGUAUUUUGAGGUAUAGCGAUUAUUUUUCUCUUUAUGAUUCGGUACUAGUUACAUAUUUUGCGUGCAAGCUAUCUUACUGAUUGACACAAUGGGGGAUUACCUUGAUCUGCAAGCACCACAAUGGGUAGAUUUUACUGAAACUCGCAGUCCGAUACAAAUGCAGGAUUUUUUUGAAAAAUCGCAUGCAAUGCAUGAACAUAUAGAUAAUUUCUGUGAUACUAUUUCUGAGAAUAUAGAGAAUAUUCAGCUCAUGUCUAACACAGAUGUCAUAUGUGCUAGCACAGAGGUACAAGCAGACUUGGAAAUUAUAAAGAGCACUCCUAUCAAAAUAGCUUCCCCAAAACAUGAACUAGAAGAGACUACUUAUGAUCAAGUAUUCAAUGAUGCAAUGAGACAAUGGGAACUCUGUUCAAAACCACUUAAAACUCGAGCAGCACUGAAUAAAACUACCAUGCAGACUGUUUUUACGACACCGAAUAUGUCUAAAACUGUUAAAUUAUCUAAAUCCAUUGGCUGUCGUAGUGUACCGAAUAAAUAUAUUCCAUCUGGACAAGAUUCUCUGCAAAGAUCCACGAAAGUUAAAAAUAUCUGUAAAUUAGGCACUGACAUGUCUGUAAAUGCGAAAGGAAAAUCGCUUAGUUAUACCCCAUUGAAGCAAGAUGAAAAUCACACUAAGAACAAUCUAGCAAAAGACUCAAAAAAUAAGAAAGAAAAACAAGACAAAGAGGAAGAUAAUAAGGAAUGCAAUAAAAAAGAUAUUGAAAAAUGUAAUGAGACAGGCAAUAAGAAAUAUAACGAGGAAGAUGAUAAAGAGUCGCAAAAGGAAUCAAAAGAAUCAUUUGACAGUAAGAAAGAGAACAAUCAAGACGAAGUGGAUGUUAUGACCAAGAUAGGCAAUCAAACACAACCUUUGAAUAAGCAUUCAGUACUUACCUGGUAUAACCAUAGACGAAGUCUACCGAAGCGCAGAAUGUCAGUCAACAAGAAAUUUGUCAGUCUAGCGGAGGCAGUAUCGCGCUACCAAAACGAGACGCCCAAGCGUUUCCAUACCAGAAGCAAUAAGGCGAAUAAUAUAACUAGUAUACCACUGUCGAAGUUAACGCAGAACCGUUUAAAACCAACGAUACCGAUUUCACCAGCACUCAUAUCAAAGAACAGGUCGCGUCCUGUUAAGGUGCUGAGUCAAGAAGAGCGCGAGAAACUGGAAAUGGAAGAAAUGAAGAAACAUCGAAUAAAAGCUAAUCCGAUACCAUCUAAUGUACUACGAAGCUCACGAGUGAUCAAGAAGCCGAUGACAGCCACGGAUAAUUCUACGAUCGAAUCCAACGAGAAAGUUUCUUCUACAAACUUGUCUCAACUCAAUAAAAGUCCAUUGUCAAAUCGCGACAAGGCGUCAUGUGGUCCGAAAAAUGUUAAAUUACUGGUGACCAAUUCCUCAGGUCUGAUUGUAGAACGUGAAGAGGUAACAUUCUUUGGUGUACCAAAAGACAUCAAUGCAACAAAAAACGUGACACGCAUUGUACCGUUUAGCUUUGAGGCACGCAAUAAGGAUCUACAGAUAAAAAAGAAGCAACGGCUGAAGGAUCUGCAAGAAGCCAGUAAAACAAAGACAGAAUUUCAUGCCAGGCCAGUACCAAAUUUCUCGAAGCCACCAACACCACCGGCCAAACAGCAGCAGAGUGCAAAAAAAUCAAUCUUACCAUGUCCAUUUAGCUUUGAUGACCGGGACAAGAGAGUGUCUGUAAAAAAGGAACAAUUGGUGAAACAACUGCUCGAAGAAGACAAACGAGCGCGUGUAUUCCGGGCGAAUCCGGUCCCAGUUUUUAAACCCGUAAUGAUUCGUGGUAGAUCCAAAGAGAAUCUUUCAGCGAAGAACAAAAAUAUGAAGAUUGUAAACGAACAAGUGGAAGAUCAGGAAAACAAAGAGCCGAAUAUUGAUUCUUUCAAGGCAGAGAGGAAGAAUAUAGAAAAAGCGAAGAACACAGUUGGCACUAUUGAUAAACAGAAAGUACCAUUAAAAGCCUAUCCGUUUAAAUUAAACACUGAUAAACGGGCAAAGGAACGAUGCGAGUUUAACGAGAAAAUGAGGCGCAAGGAAAUGGAAGAGGCGGCAAAGCGUCAGGAAGUCGAAAAGAAAAAACUCGAAUCUGAGAAAUUAGUGAAGACAGAACUGCGCAAAUUGACGGAGGUGAAAGCAAGACCGAUGCCAUUAUACAAAUCGCCAGUUAUUAUUAAAGGAACGAAAAAGCUAACUGAUCCAGAGAGUCCUGCGUUUGCGAGUAAACUCAAAUCGAAACAAACAUGAA